CGUUUGAUGGUAUAUACAGAUUUUUUAUAUAUUGAUCAUAGGCUGUCAAUGUGGAGUUGAAUCUACAUAGAAGUACAAAUAUAUUGAUGAAAAGUUGGGAAAUGUUCUUUAAAAUUGUAUCAAAAAUUCCUUCAUAACAACUGUCUAAGCCACAGCCUUGUUGAAAAGUAUGUAUACAACUUUUUGUAAUGAAUUAUAUUUUAAAUGUUUGUUAAUCAUUUUUUUAACUUAGAUAAGGUUGAAAUCAUAACAUGUCCAAUCACAGACGGACCAAGAGCAGAGGAAGAUGUACUGUUCUUAAGGUGGUGAUACUUGGUGAUGGCGGUGUUGGCAAAUCCUGCUUGAUGAACAGAUUCGUGUCAGACAGAUUUGACGAGAACUCCUUCCACACAAUUGGUGUUGAGUUCCUCAGUAAAGAAAUAGAACUCAAUGGAGAAACUUAUUCCCUCCAGAUAUGGGAUACGGCGGGGCAGGAGCGAUUCAAAAGUUUACGUACGCCGUUCUACCGCGGCUCUGACAUGUGUCUUCUCACGUUCGCCUUGGACGACAGGCAGAGCUUCCAGAACCUCGACACCUGGCGCAGAGAAUUCAUUCAUUACGCUGAUGUAAAGGCCGACUUUCCCUUCAUGGUUGUGGGAAAUAAGUUGGAUUUGCCACGAGCGGUUACAAAAGAAGAAGCGGAAUCUUACUGCACUGCCAACGGAGACCUCGGCUACUGCGAGACUUCGGCCAAAGACGCAACAGGCGUAGAGAGCGCCUUCCUGGCCUGCCUCAGGCGCUACGUCUGCACGGACGCGCCCCAGGAGGCGGUGCCUCUACCAGACACGGUGCAACUGGGCACAGCGGGUGAACCGUCCAAGGGAUUCUGCUUGUCCGGAUGUUCCUGAAGACUAAUGUACAAUGUGUAUUUUUUGCGAGUUUUGCUUCGCUAAUCACUAGAAAUUUUAUGUGCGCAAUACUUGAUUUAUUUUUAUUCUAGGUUUAUAGUUUACGCCUCCCUACUGUGAAGGGAGCGAAAAAUUAUACUCAUUAUUGUAAUUUCAUAUGGAACUACGAGGCAUCGGUAAUUUUAGUUUUGUGGAGUCUCAGUCAAUAGAUUACUCGUGAUCGGGUCCAGUUGUAAAUACAUUAUCAAUAUUUAUUGCUUAACAGUAUUAUUUUGAAGUCUCGUAUAAUAUUAUGUGUAGGCCAUGAUCGUAGGCCAAUGCACCAUGACUGAGCGGGAUUACUUGGUCAUGCCGAGUAAAGCUAUCUAAUUUUCUUUGGUGAGCUUCAAAUCAUCAUUGGAUGCCAUCUAAUUUUAAAACAUAUCGUAUAUUUGGAAUAUAAGCAUUUUUUUCACUGCUAAAAAUUGGAAUGGACAGUUGAAAUCAUUUAUUCUACGUUGUUAUUUAAUCUGGGUUUUAAUCUUCACUUGGUUGAACGUACUGGUUCAUCAUCCUCUUGAUCUAGUCCGCCGAUGUACUUGCGUUCAUAUCUAUAUUUUGCUACUUAGUAUUUAUUUGUGACUCAUCUUUCAUCUCCAUAUGACCACCAGAGGAUGAAGAUUGUUACCUCAUCGCCUCAAGUAAACCAGUUCCUGUACUAAGUCACAACAGACUAUUAUUCCAAAUAAGUUUGCAUACAUUUUCUCUUCAUGCUGUAGCACUUCUCUCCACUUACUCAUGUGCAUUUACUGUCGUGCCCUUCAUGUGGCACGUGCAUUCGUUUCAGAUCUCCCGAGGCUUUAUGUGCAAAGUACUUGUCCUUGUGCUGGAGUAGAUAUUUGUGUUAUUGGCAGGCUUGACCAGGCAGAUGACAGAUUAGUUAUAUAUGCUCAGCACAAGUUCCGUGCCAGAGGUCAGUAGACUAAUUAUACAUUCGGCCAUUCAUAUCUUCUUGAGAACGAUAGAUCAUUUUUGCAAACCAUACACGUGUUCCCAUUGCUGCUUGCUGAAAUGAGAGCCAGCGGUGUUAUUGUCGUUAGUACUUCAACAUUUUUUACCGAUUGUAAAGACCUCGUUGACAACAGAUCAUGUCUAUUAUAUUUGUAUUUAAAUUUUGGAAUGAAUGUUUGUAUAAUGAUGAGUACGCUGAAUUUCAAAGCGAACGAAAACGUGAUGACAUAUGUAUAUUGUUUUAUA